GAAUUUUUCGAAAGAAAUUUUCCUAGCCGCGUAGUUUUUCAGGGAAUUUCCAGGUCAAAAGCGCGAAAAUGUCGAAGCCUGGAGAGCGGGCCCUACAGGCCAUCAAACAGCAAGAUAAGACGUUAGCCCCAGUUUUUAAGAAACCUCUCGUGCCAAAAGCCAAAGCAAAAGACAAAAUCAUCCUCACGGAGGAGGAGUACCUGCAGGAAAUGGGUAAAAUCAUCCAGCGUGAUUUCUUCCCCGAUCUACAAAAGCUGAAGGCCCAGAACGAAUACCUCGACGCGCUAGCGAAUAACGAUGUGGGCAAAUUGCGCCAGAUCUUCUCAAAAUACAACUCCAAGCUACCCCCCAAUUCGGCCAGAAUUCCAAGCCCGGCUACGUUUGAAACUCCGUUACCGAACGCUACACCCGCCACCGAAGCCCCGGCAUCGAUACGGUCCACCUCGAGCGUCGGAUCGAACAAAUCCACCAAAUCGAUCGGUGACAAACACUCGCUCGAUAGCUUCCUGCAGUCUUACACGAGUGAAGAUAACGAUAGUUUUCAGGAGAUCAUUGAAUCGGCCGAUCGUAAGCUGAGACAAAAAUUCGCCGUCCUAUAUGCAGCCGAAUCGAGUACAGCGAUACAAAUGAACGAGUGUCUGGCUCUGCCGAGCAUCGAGCAACAGUUUGAUAAGCGAGAGAAACCGAAACAGCUUGAUAUGUGGAGCUACACGAACAAAAACUACAUCAUGUACACACCGGAAGGCGUGGAGCUGACGAAGGAGGAGCAGCUCGAGAUGGCCAAACUGAAACAGGAGAUCAACCAUUCCAGCACCCGGCUCCACCACAAUCCGUUCAACGAGCAGGACAGCAAACAAGCGAUCGUCGAAGCGGCCAAAACGCAGGCCAAGCAUCUACCGGAGAAGAUUGGCAUCGAUGGCCGCGUGGUGGACACAUCGACCGGUACGCCCAAGAUACGCGGUUUCGGAUUCGUGAAAAGUCCCUCCCCAUGCCCAGGAGUGACCGAUAGUCCACUGUUUACGUGGGGUGAAAUCGAGGGAACACCGUUUCGGCUCGAUGCGGGCGAUACUCCGCUACAUCCGGCCAGUGUUGGGCCUUCGUUCCGCAUCGUGGAAACGUCGAAGCGUGAGAACCUGGCCCUACAGCUUGCCGAGAAGGCAGCCGAAAAGUCGCGCGAAAAGAAAGCCAAAGCCAUCGAAGCGGCACGAAGGAACAUCGGUUCACCGUCGGUACGCAGUUCCUUCGAUCGGCUGGCUAGCAUGUCACCGGCCGCCAGGAGAUUGGCCUCGAACAAGCUAGGCUUUCUGUGCACGCCAAGCCCGCUCGUGUCACCGGCACGCUCAGGAGGCCUAAAGACACCGACGGUGACUAGUAGUAGAGGUGCCGGUGAUGCCGCGAGCAGAAAGUCAUCACGCAGCAUCACGCCUUCACCACGAAGUGGUAUCGUCCGAAGGAAAACGCCCUCCAUCGGCUCCACUUCCGGUGGUUCCAAACAACAACAGCAGGGACCGAAUCUUACCGACGAUCUGCUGGAUAUUCCGGCUGGCGGUAAACGACAAAAGGCGGCUGAUUUCUUUUGAUUGUUCUUUCUCGUUUUUGUACAAUAAAUAGAACUGAUCUGGUGUAACUCCCUAAA